AUGGCUUCAAAGUGUGUUAUGGCUAGUCGUUUCAGUCCAGACACUUUACUCUUUCGUAACUACGAUGAUUCGAACUCGUCGGAUGCUGGCAAAGGACUGAAGGCCACGACAGCUACUUCAGAAGGCUCGUCUUUAAAUGAUGAUGCCUUGAUAUUCCUAAUUCUGAGAAGCCAUUUAGCCCUAGGCUUAUGCAUAGAUUCCGCGGGUGGCAACUACACGAGUAAAAGCACGUACAGGGCCAACCUGGAAACCGUUCUCUCCUACAUGCCAGCAAAUGUCAACAGCAGCAGUGGUUUCUACAGCGCCUCCGCCGGUCAAACCCCGUAUAUGGUCAACGCCAUCGUGCUCUGCAGGAUCGACGCUCCGCUGGACACUUGUCGCCGAUGCAUCCAGGAUCUAACUGCCGCGCUUCUAAAAGAAUGCCCGAACCAAAAACAGGCGAUUGGCUGGUACGAGUUCUGCAUGGUACGUUAUUCAGACCAGACGAUAUUCGGAACCCUAGCAACUUCCCCAUUUGUAUACUGGUGGAUCCUAACCAAAGUUACGAGUCCCGAUAAGUACAACGAGGGACUCAGGACGGUUUUAGACAGUCUCCGAAACCAGGCUUCUAAUGGCGGUUCUCUGAGGAAGAUUGCUGCUGGGAAUGUAACUGUGCCAGAUUUUCAGAUCAUAUUUGCCCUGGUCCAAUGCACCCCUGAUUUGUCUGCAGAUGACUGCAACAGUUGCUUAAUAAGCGCUGCUGGAGAUUUAUCAACGUGUUGCAACGGGUUUAAAGCGGCUAGCAUGAACUAUCCUAGCUGCACUAUUGUUUAUCAAACUAAUAACCACUUCUACAACGAAACAAGGCUUCAAGAACUGCAGUUUGUGCCACCGCCGCCCCCACCCCCACCACCACCACCACCACCGCCGCCAUCGCCACAUGAAUCUCUGGAUUAUGGUUUUAGCACAAUCAAAGCAGCAACAAAUGAUUUCUCAAUCGAUAACAAGCUGGGGCAGGGUGGAUUUGGAGUUGUCUAUAAGGGAACGCUCGAGAACGAUCAGGAAAUCGCGGUCAAAAGAUUGUCCAUGAAUUCAGGGCAGGGCGACCAGGAAUUUAAGAAUGAGGUCGUAUUACUUGCUAAGCUUCAACAUCAGAAUCUGGUUAGACUCUUGGGUUUCUCUAUACAAGAAAACGAAAGGCUUAUCAUAUAUGAAUUUCUUCACAAUGGAAGCCUAAAUAACUUUAUAUUUGACCCAAUCAAGCGUUUGAGUUUGGAUUGGGAUAGACGCUACAAGAUCAUAGAGGGUAUUGCCAGAGGAAUACAAUACUUGCAUGAAGAUUCUGGACUCAGGAUUAUUCAUCGUGAUCUCAAAACUGAUAAUAUACUAUUGGAUGGGGAGAUGGAUUCAAAAAUUGCUGAUUUUGGUCUGGCAAGAUUAUUUAAACAUGAUGGAAGUCAAGUAUAUACAAGUAACAUUGUCGGAACUCCGGGAUAUAUCUCACCUGAAUAUGCAGCGCAUGGGCAAUUCUCUUUUAAGUCGGACGUGUUUAGCUUCGGAGUGAUAGUCCUGGAAGUCAUCAGCGGUCAAAGGUCUAAAUCUAUAAAAGAUGGGGAGAAUGUGGACCUCGUGUCUUGUGGAAGAAUGAUGACAAUUCAUCAACUCGAACUAUCGUUAUUAUUGUGGUUUCAAUUGUUACUGACAGUUGCUUCAGUUGGUAUCUGGUUAAGAAAGACAAUAAAACAUAAAUCAACGGAAAAUCCUCAGGUUGUAGACGAGAUUACGGCACUUGAAUCUCUACAAUAUGUUUUUAGCACAAUUAAAGCAGCAACAAACGAUUUCUCUGAUAAUAACAAACUGGGCCAAGGUGGAUUUGGUUCUGUUUAUAAGGGGAAACUCCCAAACGAUAAAGAAAUAGCGGUGAAAAGAUUGUCUAUGAAUUCAGGACAGGGUGAUGUCGAAUUUAAGAAUGAGGUCUUAUUACUAGCUAAACUUCAACACCGGAAUCUCGUUAGACUCUUGGGCUUCGCUAUACAAGGAACGGAAAAACUUAUCGUGUAUGAAUUUGUUCACAAUGGAAGCCUGGAUCACUUUAUGUUAGACCCAAUAAAGCGUCAGUGUUUGGGUUGGGAUAGACGCUACGAGAUCAUAAGGGGUAUUGCCAGGGGACUUUUGUACUUGCAUGAAGAUUCGGAACUGAGAAUCAUUCACCGUGAUCUGAAACUUGGUAAUGUACUCUUAGAUAGAGAGAUGAAUCCUAAAAUUGCUGAUUUCGGGUUGGCGAGGUUAUUUGAACAAGACGAAACUCAAGGAAAUACGCGCAUGGUCGUUGGAACUUAUGGAUACAUGUCGCCUGAAUAUAUAAUGCAUGGGCAUUUCUCUGUUAAGUCGGAUGUGUUUAGCUUCGGAGUUUUAGUCCUAGAAAUCACGAGUGGUCAGAAAAACAGUUCUAUCAAGAUUGGGGACAAUAUGGAGGAUCUCUUGACUUUUACAUGGAAGAAUUGGAGGGAAGGAACAACUGAGAAUAUAAUAGAUCCUGUCCUAAGAGCAGCCGGGGCUGUUUCUUUACGGGAGAUGUUGAAGUGCAUUCACAUUGGUUUGUUGUGCGCGCAAGAAAAUGCAGCUAACAGACCAACAAUGGCUUCAAUUUUUGUUAUGUUGAGUAGCUCUGCAAUGGUUUUGCCUGUACCUUCUGAGCCAUCGUUUUAUAGGGCUAGUGGUUUUGGUCCAGAUACUUCACUCUUUCGUAACUAA